UCAACAGGUGAUCUUCAGACAGGCAAUGAAAGUGCCAACACAACACAGCAGAGAAAUUGCACUCAUCAAAGUGGAUGUACAGAUCCUAAGACGGAGACCAUCUGUAUGAGCUUCACCCUUCCUCAGCAGUUCAGUACAAAGGUCAAACAGAACGAGAGCGAGGAGGAUCUGCUCAGAACAUAUCUGUGGAGGUGCCAGUUUCUGCUGCCCCUGGUGUCUUUGUCUCUGGUGUUUCUCAGUGGUCUGGUUGGGGUCUGUGCCUGCCUGUGCCGCAGCUUCACGCCAACCCUGGUUGUGGGAUUGUUCCAUUUUAUCGCAGGCCUCUGCUCUUUGGGAACUGUCUGCUGUUUUCGGAUCAGCGUGGAUCAGCUCAACGGCGAAUACAGAAAACCGGGAGAUGUCGUCGGGUCAAUGGGGUGGUCUCUCUACCUGGCCCUCAUCUCCUUCCCCCUGCAGAUGAUGGCCGCCGCUCUGUUCCUGUGGGCGGCCAGAAGUCACCGCAAACACUACACCCGCAUAACCGCAUAUAGGGUUGCAUAAAGAGACAGGGAUAGUAUAUUUUACGAUAACCAAGUAGGUCUACAACCUUCCUUCCAACAAUUUGUGGUUGUAGUUCAAUAAAAUGUUCAGGUCGUAGCUUCUCACUUCCACUGUAGCAGUCUUGCAAUGCAGAAAUAGUUCAGGGUAUCACAGGUUUAAGCGUCAGCUGCAGCCAAUCCAUACGUACUCAUAAACACAUUGAAACAUUUCGUGUGGCUUUAUAUCACCUUUGCCUUUGUUUUUUUUUAACCCCAUUACUGAGUUGUACAUCAUCUUGAUGUUGCAUAUUUUUAGCUUCUAGGUUUUUGUGCUA